CUUCCGCCCCUCCGCGCUGCUCCUCCUCCUCUUCCUCCAGAAGGUUCCGCGCCGGCUUCGCCUCGCCUCGCCUCGCCGCGAAGAUGAUGGGCCAGCGCCCCGUCCUCGUGCUCAGUCAGAACACAAAGCGUGAGUCUGGAAGGAAAGUCCAGGCUGGGAACAUUAAUGCUGCGAAGACCAUUGCUGAUAUUAUUAGAACAUGUUUAGGACCAAGAGCCAUGAUGAAGAUGCUGUUGGACCCAAUGGGGGGAAUCGUCAUGACCAACGACGGCAACGCUAUUCUUAGAGAAAUUCAAGUCCAGCAUCCAGCUGCUAAGUCCAUGAUUGAAAUCAGCCGCACGCAGGACGAAGAGGUGGGCGAUGGGACCACCUCUGUGAUUAUUCUUGCCGGAGAGAUGUUGUCAGUUGCCGAACAUUUCCUCGAGCAGCAGAUGCACCCAACAGUGAUUAUUAGUGCGUACAGGAAAGCUCUGGAUGACAUGAUCAGCGCUCUGAAAAAGAUCAGUGCUCCUGUCGAUGUGAACAACCGUGAAGCCAUGCUUAAAAUAAUCAACAGUGCCAUUGGCACCAAAGCUAUCAAUCGCUGGUCAGAUCUGGCCUGCAGCAUUGCCCUCGAUGCAGUCAGGACUGUGGAGUUUGAGGAAAACGGCAGGAAGGAAAUCGACAUCAAGAAAUAUGCCAAAGUAGAAAAGAUUCCCGGUGGCUUUAUUGAAGAUUCCUGUGUCCUGCGUGGCGUCAUGCUCAAUAAAGAUAUUACUCACCCUCGGAUGCGUCGCACCAUCAAGAACCCCCGCAUUGUCCUGCUGGACUGCUCCCUGGAGUACAAGAAAGGCGAGAGUCAGACUGACAUCGAAAUCACUCGCGAGGAGGACUUUGCCCGCAUCCUGCAGAUGGAGGAGGAGUUCAUCCAGCAGAUGUGCGAGCACCUGCUCAGAGUCAAGCCGGAUCUGGUCAUCACCGAGAAGGGGAUCUCAGACCUGGCCCAGCAUUUCCUGAUGAGGGCCAACGUCACCGCCAUCCGCCGGGUGAGAAAAACUGACAACAACCGAAUUGCAAGGGCCUGCGGGGCACGUAUUGUCAGCCGCACAGAUGAGCUGCGUGAAGAGGAUGUUGGGACUGGCGCAGGGCUUUUUGAGGUGAAGAAAAUCGGGGAUGAGUAUUUCACCUUCAUCACAGACUGUAAGGAGCCCAAGGCCUGCACCAUCAUGCUCCGGGGUGCCAGCAAAGAGAUUCUAGCGGAGGUGGAGCGCAACCUCCAGGAUGCCAUGCAGGUCUGCCGCAACGUCCUGAUUGACCCUCAGCUGGUGCCCGGAGGCGGCGCUUCUGAGAUGGCCGUGGCACAUGCUUUAACGGAAAGGUCAAAAGUCAUGACUGGGGUGGAGCAGUGGCCCUACCGUGCCGUCGCCCAGGCUCUCGAAGUCAUUCCCAGGACACUCAUCCAGAACUGCGGUGCCAGCACCAUCCGCGCACUCACUUCGCUGCGGGCAAAACAUACCCAGGAAGGCAGUCAGACCUGGGGAGUAAACGGGGAGACUGGUGCCUUGGCAGACAUGAAGGAGCUGGGUAUAUGGGAGCCAUUGUCUGUCAAGUUGCAGACCUACAAGACGGCUGUAGAGACCGCCAUCCUCCUCCUGCGUAUUGACGACAUUGUUUCAGGUCAUAAGAAGAAAGGCGAUGAGCAGAGCAAGCAGGGUGGAGCCCUGGAGGCAGCCCAGGAUUAACUCUGUACGGCUGGGGAAAUGGUGCGCCUUGGAGAUGGAAACGACCGGAAUGAAAUGUUGAUUGCUGCUUUUCCUCACCCUGGGUUCAGGUGUGGUCAGAGUCCAAAUACUGAUUCUUUCAAAGUCAGCAAAGAAGGGCCGAUAAUGCGUUAGCUCCCCGUUCUGUUUAGGAGACACUGACGCUUUAUUUAAGUGUAUACUGUAGCUUCUUUGUGGCUUUGUUAAUAAAAACAUCACUUCACAUCCA